AUGCCUCCCGCGCCGGCACCUUCCAACAUUCGUGCGCAUGUCCAAUGGCGGGAGCCGAGCGUUUAUGCCGGCGAGGAGAUCGAAUGCAUCAUCACGUUCAAGAACAUAGCAGUGCCGCCAAAUCAAGAACAAAAUGGAGCUGAGCAGACACCUCUUGCCAGCAGCCACCCUCCAGAGCGGCGGCCGUUCCAGACGCCGUCGGUACCUCAUAGCAGGAAGUCUUCGGCCGCACAAGGCAAGGCUCCGAGCCGGAGGACGCCAUCUAUGGCAAGCAACACAACGAGCGCGCAGCCGGCGAAGGGACAUAGGCCUACACUGUCACUGAAUGUGGUCAACGGACAGACUCGAGGAGGUCUGCAAAGUGCGCCUAUCCCGGCCAAGGGACCGAACAGUGCCAUCAGACCUACGGCGGGACAUGGGAGGUCGCUCUCCAUUAUGUCGUACGGCAGCGACGUACCGAAUGAAUCACGAGGACCUUCGUCUGCCCCGCUGGCUAAACGGCCACUGAAGGGACACGGCAGGAGCGCCAGUCUACAGCUGAGUCCAAAGCCGCAAGCGCAUCCUGCAGCAAUCUCCGGCAGUAUAUCUCCACGGCAGCCCUCACCUCUGUAUGAAUCGAACACGCCACCAGCACUCGCUGAGGCACAAAACGACCCGUUGCCCGUUCGGCCAGCACGUCGAAGACCCGGCACUGUCUCCAUGGAGAACACUCCACAACUCAGCCGCAAUCACAGUCUGCGCAAGAGCCCGGCAUCUGACGCUCUUGACUCCGGCUUCCAAUUCCCAGGACCGCAGCAGCCACCUGUCAAGUCACCGUCGCCGCAACCAGAGCGGCCGCGAAGAAGCCCGUCCAAUAUGCACUCCGGACAACAUCGCGCUGUUUCACCUCGGCCACCUGACGGAUGGACAGGUGCUUUGAGCAAUCUCAAUCCAAUCACGCGGGUGAUGUCUGAGACGUCAACUGCAGGAACGCCGAGGAGCAGCAGCGAAUUCUAUUCCUUAAGCAAUCACAGCGACGAGACCCUUACUUCUGAGGUUCCGACUCAAGCACAGCGUAACGGACGAUUGCUACCAAGACCAUCUCAGUCUCGCCAGGCUUCAAUGGCACGUGUUGCCACCCAGCAACGGUCAGCUAAACCUGAAACACUCAUGAUGGGGUACGCGCAGACAAUGGGCUUUUUUGUCUUGGAUGGAAGUCUCGUCAACGCAGCUCCUUUCGAAGAGGUCAAGCGCAAGGGAGUGCAGGGCGGAGGGGGCGUGGUAGGCGUUGAGAAGGCAAAACGAAGCUCAGGAAUGUUUGGUGCUUUCAGCUGGGGCAACAUUGGUGAAUCGCUAGGCGGUCUUCUUGGGGGCGACGAUAUGAGCUCGAUGGCUCAGAUGAAAGCAAGUGCGGGCUCGAAAAGCAUCCCUUUGCUGUCAACGCCACAGAAUCUCCUUUUCGUCGACCUGAGACUGGCCCCAGGCGAAAGUCGAAGUUAUAACUACCGCUUCACGCUGCCACGCGGACUACCUCCAAGCUACCGUGGGCGAGCGAUCAAGGUCUUCUAUCAUCUCGCUCUUGGUAUACAAAGGCCGGAAGGGCAAGCUGUCAAGCAUGUUGACAUACCGUUCAGGGUACUUGGCAGUUACAACUCCCGCGGCGAGACAUUAGGCCACGACUUGAUGUCGCCGUAUAUCCUGCUGCAAGACGCUGCGCGAAGUAGGAGCAUGACGCCUAAUUCUACGACACCCUCGGGACUGCCCAAGUUUGAAGCAAAGCCGACUUACAAUCGAGUCAAGCCUCCUAAGCAAGGCCUGGAAGACUUUCUGCGGUACACAGAGAGGUUACUCGAGACCCAGCAGGACGCUCACGGAGCACUUGUGUCACCUACCUCUCCCAUCACGCCUUCACUGUCCCGAACAGAGAGCGUCACCGAACAACAGCCAAGCAGGAUCAAAGAUGCCGUUGAUUUUGCUAUUACGCGCGCAAACCACGUCAACAAUAAGAGCAAGCAGCAAGGCGGAGACGGUGCAAGCGCCAAUCGCUUUAACAUCGCUCGCGGUGGGCAUCCCGUCGCAGUACUUACUUUGCUACGACCGGCUUACAGACUCGGCGAGACUGUGAUGGGCACGAUCGACUUCACCGCGCCAUUACCGGAAGCACAGCUGCCCAGCCCUACACCCUCUUAUUCUGUCCUAGCAGAGUUGGAGUCAGCAGAGCGGGUGGAUCCUUCACUAGCGAUUCGCAGCGGCACUUCCAUCAAUCGCGUCACGCGCAAAGUCCAUGCGUCGUUGCGAAACAACGUAUUGUACGCUCGGCAGAUCAGCUUCAGCUUAACAAUUCCUUCGACAGCUACGCCUACUUUCGAGACUACGGGUGUGAGUCUUGUCUGGAAGCUGCGGGUCGAGUUCACUACUGAGCGGCAAGUACAAGGUCUUGGGCUCGAAGGCAGUGCUGGUGAUGAGGGAGAGGAUCUACUCGAGGAGAUUGCCAGCGACGAGCGGGGCAGGACCUUGAUUGCGAGGGAGAAGUUGAUGGCGGAGACUUUUGAGAUCGAAGUGCCAUUGAAGGUUUUUGGCGUGGUUGAUGUUGAUGCCAUGAGUGUUACCAGCGAGGCUUGGGUGAUAUAG